AUGCAACCUCAAGGUGCAGUAAUUCUUAAGUUUACACGUCUAUCUGAAAAUGCAUUCCCGCCAGUCAAAGGUUCUGAGAAGGCAGCCGGAUACGACCUAAAAAGUGCCUAUGACUAUAUUGUACCAGCUAGAGGCAAAGAACUAGUCAAGACUGAUUUGCAAAUUGAAUUACCUUCUGAAUGUUAUGGCAGAGUUGCCCCUCGCUCAGGAUUAGCUGUAAAAAACUUUAUUGAUGUUGGAGCUGGUGUCAUAGAUGAAGAUUAUAGGGGUAAUGUUGGUGUGGUACUAUUCAACCACUCAGAUCAAGACUUCAUUGUUAAGAAAGGUGAUAGAAUAGCUCAACUUAUUUGUGAACGUGUAUAUUACCCUAAGUUAGUAGAAGUUUCUAACCUCACAGAAACAAUUAGAGGUGAUGGUGGUUUUGGAUCAACAGGAACACAAUAA